UACGGCGGCUUUCUGACGACCGCGUGAGGGAGGGAAGGAACGUCUCUGCCUGGGGUCGGGAAGCCUCGUCAAGCCGAGAAGCUGCCGGACUCGCCUCGGGUGGUUUGUAUUUGAGGCGCGCCCUCUCGGCUUACCACGUCAGUAGAGAAACAGCCCCAAGCGGCCAGUCGCGCGCAGCAAAAUAUAUAUAUAUAUAUAUAAUAAUAGUCGGAAGAAGGAAGCGAGAGCGAUGUCAGCUUGAAAACGCUACAAGUCUCUUGCGGUAAACCAGCGUGCUUUGGGGCUGGGAAAGAGGAAAGAAGUUAGGUCGCAACCGAGUUACAUGCAAGGUCUCGCAACCCUCCACCCCACCCUGUUUGCUUGCUUGCUUUUGAAGAAGCGAAGUAAAAAGAAUCCCGUUCAACACGGGACCGAGUUAUUUUAAUUUUCGCUGUGAGUUGAAGAUUUGAAUUGUUCAAAAUUUCCCGCACGCCGCUGACGCUCUGUAUAAAGAACUAUUUCUAAAAAAAAAAAAAAAAGAUACUACAAAAUGGAUUUUGAAAAGUUGCCAAGGUUUUCAUGAUGGAAUUUAAGUUUACACAAGAACGACUAUGUGUUUUAAGUCAAUGCUGAUGAUACUUUCUACGUCCUGGUGUGGUGGUCUUGAGCUUUUGCUCGAAAGCAACAUAAAAUGGAUCUGAAGGAAAGCUGUCCAAGUGUUAGCAUCCCCAGCUCUGAUGAACACAGAGUGAAGAAAAAAAGAUUUACUGUCUACAAAGUCUUGGUCUCAGUUGGCACUAAUGAAUGGUUUGUCUUCAGGCGAUAUGCUGAGUUUGACAAGCUGUAUAAUACACUAAGGAAACAGUUUCCUACAAUGAAUUUGAGAAUUCCUGCUAAGAGAAUAUUUGGAGAUAAUUUUGAUCCUGAUUUUAUUAAACAAAGAAGAGCAGGAUUGAAUGAAUUCAUUCAGAAUUUAGUUCGACAGCCUGAGCUUUGCAAUCAUCCAGAUGUAAGAUCAUUUCUUCAGAUGGACAAUCCAAAGCACCAAUAUGAUCCAUCUGAAGAUGAGGAUGAAAGAAAUAGUCAAAAGUUAAAUUCUACCUCACAGAACAUCAACUUGGGACCAUCUGGAAAUCCUCAUGCUAAACCAACAGACUUUGACUUCCUGAAAGUUAUUGGGAAGGGCAGCUUUGGUAAGGUUCUUCUUGCAAAACGAAAAUGGGAUGGAAAGUUCUAUGCUGUUAAAGUGCUGCAGAAGAAAAUUGUCCUAAACAGGAAAGAGCAAAAACAUAUCAUGGCUGAGCGCAAUGUGCUCUUGAAAAAUGUGAAACAUCCAUUCUUAGUUGGACUGCAUUAUUCAUUCCAAACCACAGAGAAGCUAUACUUUGUUCUGGAUUUUGUUAAUGGAGGGGAGCUCUUCUUUCACUUACAAAAAGAACGCACCUUUCCUGAACACAGAGCCAAGUUUUAUGCUGCUGAAAUAGCCAGUGCACUGGGCUACUUGCACUCCAUAAAAAUUGUAUACAGGGAUCUGAAGCCAGAAAAUAUUCUUCUAGAUUCAUUGGGGCAUGUUGUCUUAACAGAUUUUGGACUCUGUAAAGAAGGAAUUGCUACUUCAGAUACUACCGCAACAUUUUGUGGAACUCCAGAGUACCUGGCUCCAGAGGUAAUCCGAAAGCAACCCUAUGAUAACACUGUAGACUGGUGGUGUCUUGGAGCUGUUUUGUAUGAAAUGCUGUAUGGUCUGCCGCCCUUUUACUGCCGUGAUGUUGCUGAGAUGUAUGAAAACAUUCUUCAUAAACCGCUCCAUUUAAGGCCAGGUGUCAGUUUUACAGCUUGGUCUAUUCUGGAAGAACUCUUGGAGAAGGAGAGACAGAACAGACUUGGAUCUAAAGAAGACUUUCUUGAAAUUCAAAGGCAUCCCUUCUUUGAAUCUGUCAGUUGGAAUGACCUCUUAGAAAAAAAGAUUCCACCACCAUUUAAUCCUAAUGUGUUUGGUCCAGAUGACAUCAGGAAUUUUGAUGCAACAUUUACAGAAGAGAUAGUACCCUGCUCCGUUUGCAUUUCUUCUGAUUAUAAUAUUGUAAAUGCUAGUGUACUGGAAGCAGAUGAUGCAUUCAUUGGAUUUUCUUAUGCACCACCUUCUGAAGACUUAUUUCAUUAAGCUGAAGAUUGGAACAUUGGAAACUAUCUCUAGAGGAGUGAUGAAACUAUAUGAUUAUAAACAGUUUCUGAAAUAUAUGCUACAAGUGCCUCAUUUGAUCUGCUGAAGAACAAACUUUUUCUGCUGUAUUACGAGGAUAAUGGGCAUUUUGCAUUCCAUUUUUAGACUGUUAAACAUGCUGCACAAAAAUAUUUUUAAAAAUGCAUUUAAGUAAAAGUUCCUAACCUUGAAACUUUUAAAAUAAAGAUAAUAGCUGUUUUUCAUUCAGUUUACAUUAACCUAUCUAUAUCAGCUAUCUUUAUGAUCAGCACACCCAUUUAAUGGGCUUUGUAAUAUAUUGAAUUUCUAUGCUUGAAAUACAGCUAUGCAAUUACUUUGGUAAACUUCUGUUUAAAAAAUAAGCUUAACUACUUUACUUAACUGGCAAUAAUCAUACUAGUUUACUAACUAGAGGAUAUAUACAAUAUCACUUGGUUUAAUGUAAACCUGUGCCACUGUAAAUCAUGAUGGGCAUAUAUAAAUGAAGUCAUUUAUCACUUCACUUAAGAAUUUGAUUCAUUCCAGUUACCAAACACAGGAAUUUCUAAGUUAAAUAAUGGUGGAGCAAAUUAUCAUUUAAUAUUUGUUGACAAUACAUCUCACAAUGACCAUUUCUCCUCUUCUUGUAGAAGAAACUAAGUAUCUUUCUCCCCAAGAAAUAAAAAUUUAAGCAUCACGCCAUUUGUAGAAGAGAAACUCCUUCCUUCUAUGUUGAAAGCUAAUAUAUUACAAUUUGAUUAUAUUAAAAUAUUAUUUCCUUGUUAUCUGUAUUUUAAUUUCUGUUUCUUUUUAUUUGGACAAACACUUGGACAAUUUGCUCCCAAAUAAUGUACUAAUGUAUAACUUGUUCAUUUUUGGACAUGCAUGCACAUUUAUCCCAGUAUAAUCAGUGAUUUGAGGGUGAAGGAAUGAGCUUCAAAACAGUCUCUGUGAAAUUUGAAUAGUGAAUACUUUUUUCUUGGCUUUUACAGCCUCUGGUUGAAUAUAAAUCAAAUCUUUGCUUUACAAAUUAAUUUCACUUUAAAAUAUAAAGAAGUUUUUCUUUGGUUUAGUUGUCCCAUUCAAAGUAAAAGGAUGAACUUAUUUGAGACAAUCAACAUAAAUUGUAAUAUUGUUACUGUUUAUUUUUCUCACUAAUAAAUGGAAUUAAUAUUGACUAAGAAAAUGCAAGUAAUAUCUUAAAAAUACAAAUUAAAUAUAUAUUUAAGAUAAAAGAAAGAUGUGUUAUUUCAGGAAAUCUGAUUUGAAUAACGCUAAAAAAAAUGGUAACCUGUGAAGAUGUUUAACAAGAUGAUGUAUAUACUCUCUAUUAUUACACUGAUUAACAGUCUGAUUGUAGCAAACAAAAUACAGGUAGUCCUCAAUUUACGACCACAAUUGAGCCCAAAAUUUCUGUUAAGUGAGAAACGUGUUAAAUGAGUUUUGCCCUAUUUUAUGACCUUUCUUGCCACAGUUAAGUGAAUCACAGCAGUUAAGUUAUUAACACACUUGUUAAGUAAUCUGGCUUUCCUAUUGACUUUGUCAGAAGGUCACAAAAGGUGAUCACAUGACCCCGGGAUGCUGUGACCGUAAUACAUAUGAGUCAAUUUGCCAAGUGUCUGAAUUUUGAUCAUAUGACCAUGAGGAUACUGCAACAGUUGUAAAUGUGAAAAAUGAUCAUGUCACUUUUUUCAGUGCUGUUGUAAUGGUUACUAAAGGAGCUGUUGUAAGAUGAAGACUACCUGUAAUGUAUGGUGUAUAUAUACACAAGCGCACUUUUAUCUUCACCAUAGCAUUCUUCAUUGGAGUCCUAACAUCAGUUAUGUUCCUCAUACAAGAUUCAGUUUUCUCACACAAACCACAUAUCCGAUGAAGUAGCUAGUCAGGUUCAUAAAACCUUGGAGAAUAUAGAUUAUGUGGAUCAAUUUCAAAUGUAUUACUGGCCUAGUUUGGGUAGCAAAAUUGCCUUAAUCAUCCAACAGAUCACCUCUACCAUGAGUAUAACUUUGUUGAUCCUCCUGGAUCACUCAGCAAAUAUAUGAAGCCAUUUAGUAAAGUUGUGUUUGGUGCCAUCAGUAUGCUCACACCAUCAAUAAUAGUAUUCUGCUGAAAUGACGUCUAUAUUAGAGUAGAGUAUGAUGCAUUAUUCUUCAGUGAUCCUAUUCCAUAUUCCGGAGUUGGCAUGAGAAUGUGACUUCAGCAAACUUCUACUAAGCCAUGGUGUCCCAAACAUAUCAAUUUUGCUAAUCUUGUUUAAUUUCUAUAUUAAUCCAUUGAGUGAAUUAAUCAGGGGCUUUGGGAUUAAAGACUGCCUAUAUGCUAAUGAUGUGUAGCCCUUUUUUUCCCUCUGACAUUGUGUGUUCACCCAGCACUUGUGUGUUCGCCCGAUACCAGGCUGCGCCCCGGUGGUUGAGGACAUCUGUUUUAUGCCAUUUUCUGAAUUUGGUCCACUGUCUCCCAAAUAUGGUACACUAAACUAGGCCUAAUGCUCAUGAUGGAGUCUAACCAAUACAGAUCAUCAUUGAUUUGGAAACUAUUUGAAAUGAUACAGCCUAAAACUGCAUUUGCCUUUUUUUUUUUUUUUUGCUUUAAUUUAUAUGCCGCCCUUCUCCGGAGACUCAGGGCGGCUUACAAUGCGUUAAGCAAUAGGCUUCAUACUUUUGUAUAUUUAUACAAAGUCAGCUUAUUGCCCCCACAAUCUGGGUCCUCAUUUCACCUACCUUUGAAAGGAUGGAAAGCUGAGUCAACCUUGAGCCUGGUGAGAUUCAAACUUGUAGUAAUUACAAGCAGCAGAUGUUAAUAACAGUGCUUCAGUCCACUGUACUACAGGCUCUGGUUUUUGCAGUCAACCCCUGACAAUCCCUACUUAGUUUGUAAUUCACUACUUUUCUAAAAUCUUAAAAGGGGGUGAGUAUAUUGAACACAUGGUAAUGCUUCAGAAACAAUAGUUGUGAAUAGAUAAAAGGCCAGUUAAACUAACAAACCGAUAAUUAUUAAACAUUUUACUAAGAGCGGGGCUAUGUACAUAAGGAGUAUUCGCUUUUUUCCAUAGGUUUGCUUAUAAUGUGGCAUUAAUGCAAUAGUAGCUAAUCAACAUAAAUGAAUGUCUCAUGAAUAAACUCGGUGUUUCUCAGCCUGAGCAACUUUAAACUGUGUGGACUUCAACUCCCAGAAUUCCCAAGCCAGUAUGCUGAAGUCCACACAUCUAAGAUUGAGAAAUCCUGAAUUAACUGAUCUGAGGUAAAUCUUAUGCCUGAGUUUGUCAAGGCUGAAAAUCUUGUCAAGCACAACAUUUCUGUACAGCACUGUGAGACUGGCAAUUGUAUUACCAAGCACAGCGAGUUGGAAAUCUGGUGUUGGGCUUCGAUCCUUCUGAGGAGAGAGGAAGAUCUGUUGCUGCUGAAUGAAAGACGAACAAGGCAGUCUUGCCAGUGGCAGAAAUACAUGAAGGAUAGGAGGGAAGCGGAAAGAAGGCCCAAGGAGGAAAAAUAGGCAUAAACUUUUAAGAGACGAUACAGAAAGUUUAUUUAUUAAAGAGUUACAAUUUGAA